AUCCAAAUAGCUAAAGCAUUUUACUCUGGUCCAGUCUCGUUUAUGAAACCUACCCGAUUAUUCCCAAUCCCAAAACGGAUUUGCUUACACUCAAAACUUUGAACACUUCGAUCAGGAAUGUGAUCAAUCUCUCUGUCAACUUGAUUCGAGAAAGCUAGGGUUUGCGUCUUUUAACUUCUAUAAAAAAAAUUUUAAAAAAACUUUGGUUACCAGGCGCCAUGAACUGCGAAGUUUGCCAACUCAAAGAAUUGGAAGUGGAGCACUUCGAGAUAGGGGAAGUUCUACGCUGCAUACUACACACAAUCUUGUUUCAUCGGGCUUUAGGUCUAGUGCGGCCCAAAGACAUUGAUUUGGAACUUUUUGAAAUUACAUAUGUGCAAUGCGGAGAUGUGGAACUUGAAAAGAAAAUAGAUGAGAAGAUUGAACAGUUCAUUAGCUGGGUAGAGAAACACCCAAACAAGAAAAGUCAGAUAUGCUUAUCUUUCUAUGAAGUGAAAAACAAACAGCCUUCUUGGUGGACUAAUAAAAUUGAACGCCUAUAUUGGGAACAGUGGUAUAUCAAUUUGAAUGUGGCCCAACACACCAAAGCACAUUCUAGCAAGUCUCAUCAUUCCAAACUUGUGGUUGAUCCAGGAGAGAGUGCAGUAGAGGAGAGAAGUGUUCGCAGAGCAGCACUUGAAGCAUCUCUCCGUGAGGUAAUGUUUCAAAUCAUAAAAUUUGCAAAUGAGAAGAAGGAUCAUGUUCCUCCCAUACCAAAUCGUGAAGGCAUUGUCUCUUUUCCCUAUGAAAUCACUAUCCCAAGUUCAUCAGAUUCUGCAUUUGGAAUGGACAUGAUCAAGAAGAUGCUCCAAACCGGGCAUCCAACCAUGCUCAGCUGAUUAUCAAAGUGCAUAAGCUCGACCACUUAUUCCGGUUGUGUUUCAGAAGUAAGAUGGAUUCUUAUGUUUAUGAUAUCUCAAGACAUGUAUAUAUGAGGUGGUUAAGCUGAUGUGCCCAGAAAAGUUUUGAUUUUCUGAACAGAAGUUGAUCCUAGGAGCAUUUACAUUUUAAAGAUUAGUUAUCAUUGUAAAAUUAAUUUUCUGGUAUAAACCAGCCGGUCUCUUUUGCA